AUGUGCUUCACACAAUCCUCGGUUACCCUUAAUCCACCACGACUUUCCUCGAUUGUCAAGAAUGUCAACAUCCUCCAGCCUCAGAAAAGCCAAGUUGAUGAGGCGCUGGAAAAAAGCCGGGAUUAUUGGUCUCACCUCGCAUCACUAGCCUGCGCCUAUCGGGAUCAUGGCUUGACUCCGGAGUAUACAAACCCGCGCCUCAUCCUCUAUAGGAUACCAAAAUUCUAA